UGGGGAUAGGUAAAUGUGGCGGAUUGUACUUCCGGCUUCCUGACAUAAGCAUCGUCCUGUUGAAAAAUGUUUCCCCUAACAGUUACAGGGCAAUCAGUUUCAUUUCCGUUGUUUAUUCGAUGUUAAUUUCGGCUCCGCGUGUGUUGAUCUACACCAAAAAUGGAUUCUGGAGUCGCUAAAGAUCCCCCGUUGAGACGAUCAUCGAGGCUUUCAACAGCUAACGGUAAAGGUUUGCAAGAUGGUUACCAAGCGAGUUAGCCUAACAAUUAAAGCUAACUGAAUAAAGCUAUCUCAGAUUUUCCAGAUGCAAUUGAAACUUAAUUUAGCUAACUUUACUCACAGACUGUCAAAUAAGUUGAAUGUGUACAUGAUGUGUUAUUUGAUACGGAAGCCUUAAAAGCACAUGCUACCAUUUCGCUGUUGACUUCAUUCUGCUGAUCACAACAGCAUGUGGAUGCUAACUUUGUGGUAAUAGAACUUGCGGUUUAUUUAUUUAUUGAUUGAAGUUUAUUUGAACAUAUAAAUAAAUAAAUGAAUGAAUAAAUAGUAAAGAACAAAUGACAAAACGCUAUUCAUGUUGAAAAAGGAGUGGGAAGUAGUGAUGUUUCGUUCGUGAAUGAUUCGUUUAAAAGAAUCGAAUCUUUCAAGUGAACGUAUUGAACCGAAUCACUUCAUCGAGUGAUUCGUUCGUAACUGAAGUGAGAAACAGCAUUGCCAGUCGAGCAGCCAGCGAAUGAGGGACAGCAUGCGCCGACAUCUGAAUCACUUGGUGAACGAAUCACGCAUUGAACUACACUCUCUGGAAUCAUUUUUGUCGGACAAAGUUACCUUUUUUUUACUGCUAAAUUGCCACCACAAUUGCAGACAAUAGGACACAGCAUUUAACAAGUAGUGCAUUAAACCCGCAGCAAUCUAUCAUUGCAGCAGUUUGCAAGGGAACGGUGCAUGUUAAGUUUGAAUACUUCCAAAGGUUCAGUGAACAAAUCACUCACUGACCCCAAUUUACCGAGCGGACCUGAUAAAUAGCAUACCAUAGGACAGUACACUUAAGACGACAUGACUUCUGUGAAAACAUAUUUUUUAUAUUUUGUUUUAAAUUGUUUUAUGUUCGGACGUUGUUUUUUGAUUUUAUUAAUUUUGAAGUUAUACUUCCCUCUUAAUUGAUAACCCCCCUCUUGAUCCCCAAACACAUUUUUUAUAUUUUGUGGUAGAAGGUUAUUUUUAGCUUUAUGCAUAAUUUGUGCUGUUUGGAAUUUCACAGUGUCUGUAAGUUUAAAUAAUUGUGACUGCAAGAAGAGUGAGUGAGUGUUAUCCAGAUAACUGAUAAUUGUCAUGAGGUCGCUGUGCCAUCUACAGGAGAAGUCGGGGGAUCUUUUCAAAUGGGGGAACAUUUUCGGAGUAAAACCAAAUCUUAUUCUCCACAUUUUAUUUCUGAAAAUAUCGGCGAAAAUCGGUGAGUUUUGGCCGAUUACUGAUUAGUCUCAAACGGGCUAAAUUGGCUGAUUUAAUCGGUUGGGCCCUAAUGUUGAUCCCCUAACCUGCUCCUGUGUAGGUUCUCUGUUGAUCUGGAGCUGCUGUGCAUUAUCACAGACACUUCUUCUACUUAUCUAGCUUUUGAUUCAACGGGGACUAAAUAGGCUGAUACCACAGCAGUUAGGCUUAAUUUUAGGAGCACCCAUCGCACUGAAUAAUGUUGAUUUAAUAACAAUGUUCCCAUAUUUUUGAUUGAUCUCCAUAUCCCUCUGUUUAAUACCGCCAGGGCUGCAGCAGAAAUAUGCCUCUCAAAUUCUCAGACACCAAGAAUAAACCUCGGUCAUAAAUCAGCUUCAGAAAAUGAACAAGCGUUAUUGUUGUUGGAUCAUUUGUGCACUAUUGAGGAAAAAGCGGUGUUAAUUAAAUCAGAUCGAUUGAACUCACGUUAAGUAUGCUGAAUUUGAGCACUUACAGACAGCAGAUUUCUUGGACUGUAGCCUACUUCUAUUUGGCGAGAGCACCACCUGGUGUAUUAAGUCGCUUAUGACUACUUUUUAACUGUGUAAUGUUACUCUGAUUCUGAACCUUACCAGAACUGUCUCAAUGACAAAAGGUUACAGUGGUCCUGAAAGAUAAGUGCAAAAGCUUUCAUCAGCACAAUAUGUUUCACUGAACGGCAAGAUCAUUUCACGAAACAGCAAAAUAUUCUUCUUGUGUUUUACUUUUUUUGUGUCAUGAAAUGUUACUUUGUUUAAAGUAAUAUUUUUGCACUUUUUGAAUCGAUUUUGUACUGAUAUUUUUGUCUGAAAAACUAGCUUAUUAUAUGUAACUCUGCAGACACACAGUAUUAAGUUGUAUUUUUAGUAUUUCUUGUAUGAUAUCAAUUUAUUUAUUGACAUUACUUAUUGAAAUGGGGAAAUCAGUCUUAUUUUAAUGUGAGAUCAAGAAACAAUAAGUCAGUGUCUCAUAAAAAAAUAAGUAAUUAUUUGUUAUCGUGGGAACAUGGAGAAUGUAAUACUACUACUACUUCUGAUAAAAAUAAUAAUAAUGCUAAUAUUUUCUGCUCGGUUCCAGUUUUAAGUGUCAAACCAACGCCCAGGGGUCCCUUAAUAAGGACCAGAAAGAGGUCACAAAAUCAAGCUGCUGCUGUAGCCGUCAGUAGAUCCAAAAAUGCAGAAAACCAUCCAGAUGAUGAAGGUGUGCACCAAUAAAUCCAUAAACAGUACUCAUCAAAUCCCACCAAAACUUAAAGUUGAGCCAUUCAAGACUCUAUUAAACCAAAAAAUGUGUCUUUACCUGUAUAGACUCGCCUGGCAAGAGGAGCCGGAUGGGAAUGGAAGCAGAAGAUGACAUUGAGAUGGAUGAAGAGCUGGAGAACAAAGACCAAGAGAGUGAUAUACGCGUGAACUAUAAUCCAGCAGAAAUGCACCGAGGUUUGGGCCAGUUUUUUUGAAGUGCAACCAACCAGUUUUCUUUUGAUCUAUUCCUACCGGUUAUCAUUGUUGUAAUUCUUGUUAGUUUUUUCAAAAAGAGAAAAUAAUUUCCUGAAUCUGAGGCUACAUCAUACACAGUUUUGCUUUCCAUUGAUCAGGAGCCCAUGGAGACAUGAAUUUAUUCCCUCGAGUAGCUCUCGGUCAACGCUGUCAAUCCAAUCAUACAGUUAGAGAAGAUGGAGACUCAUUUCAAACCAGGAUAGGUGUGUAAAGCCUGUUGAAUUUAUUCUGAAAUUCUUUCAUCAAGGGAGUACAACAUAUCAUCUGAUUCUGUUUUUUUUUUUUUAUAAGUAAAACCACCUCCAAAAACAUCUGGAGUCCCCACCAAGCCUGCCAUGCAGAUCAAUUCACCAGAGCACAGACACGAUGCAGUGAAUUUAAAAGUCACCAGCAUGGCCGAGUACAAGAAGACAAUGGAGGCUAAAGCAAAGAGCUCAGGUACUGUGUUUACUUUUUAGUCAGAUUUCAGGUAACAAAAGCAUUUAGCACCUGUCUACUAGAUUUACAACUAAUGAUUCAACAAAAGCCUAAGUAGAUUCUGUCUCAUGUUUACGUUUUCCAGAUGUUAACCACUAUCCCCCUAGAGACUAUCCAGCCCCAGAGAAAUCAUGUACAAGGAGGCAUGUGAAUAACUUGCCAAAAGGAAAAGAUGCUGGACAGUACAAAAAACAAGGUAAUAGUCUUUUCACAACAACACAAUCCUUAGCCAUGUGUCAUGUUGUGCUGUUUUUAAUGUCAACUUUUUUUGUAGAACGAAAGCUUGAGAAAACUCCUGUGAUUAAAAAAAGCUCUGGACAUGCGUCAAGAGGUAAGCUUUGGUAGUUUUUAUAUCACUAUACCAGAUUUAAACUUCUUAAAGAUACUUGCUAAACAUUGUUUCUCAAAUGCUUUUUUAUAUUGCUAUCUUUUUUUUUACAGGGUUCUUGUGGUAUUUGUGCUGUUUGGUUGUCCUGGUGCUGCUUGGUUCUGCUGUCUUUUUUGCUUACAAGAGCUUCAUCACACAAAAAAGUACUAUAGGUGGUGGUGUAUCUUCAUUCAGGGCUGCGAAGCCAGAGUUGUUUUCAGAUCAGCUGUCUCUUCUUGAGAGCCAGUUUCCUAGUCAGCGACUUGAUGUGUGGAAGAGGAGUAAGAUCCACCUGGAGAAGCACCUCAGAACAGCUCAGCCCACAGGGCCGGUCAGUCUGAUCUUUGCUGCUGGCCUCAAGGCUGAGAGGACACUGUCCUGUCUGGCUCAAGGGGUCGCCUCUGCGUACUCCUCUGCCCUAAACGCCUCUGUCCUUCACUUUGAUGGAGCCAGCAAAGCCAACAGGGACAGCGAUGAGGUUAAGUUAGACAUUGACCGCCAACUGCAAGCGGCCUUUGGCGGAGACAAACCUGCUGUUGUGAUUCACCGUUUUGAGGAGUUGCCUCCUGGUUCCACCAUCAUUUUUUACCGAUACUGCGACCACGACAACGCCGCAUAUAAACAGGUUUUCCUGUUGUUUACUGUGCUACUGCCACAAGAUGAAGUGGGGGCUGAGGUGGGUCUGGUGAAAGCAGAGGAGAUUGUCCUGGACUAUGUGAAAGAAAGGCUGCUGGAGCCCACCAGCCAAACUGCUUUCAAUACGAUGGACAAUGACAAAUUUGGUGGACUGUGGAGCCGGAUCUCCCAUCUCAUCCUACCUGUUGUGUCUGAGGAGGAAGUAGAGCAGAAAGGAUGCCCAUGGUAAAAAAAGAGGAAGCAGUUCCUUUUUAGCAUUUGGAGGAACUUUAAAAUAGAGAAGUAUUGUGUAAAUAUCAUGCUUUUGCUGUUAUAAUACAUGUAUGAAUUGACUGAACAGGUAUGAAGUUUGUUGUGAGAGCUGUUGCUUGGAAGAGAUAAGAUUGUACUGAAGUUGGAGUUUCAGUUGUCGUAGUUGAUGAUUCAGAUUACCUCCUCCUAUGACGUCCAACACUGAUUUUUUAAAAACUUUUGCAGACAUAAACAGUCUUUCCAAAAGGAUGUUACAGAGAUGCUCCACCAGCAUUCCAUUUUUAAGUAGUAUUUGAAGCAUUUUGUUCUACAGGUUAACACAUAAGAUACAGAUGGAGUUGUUUUCUUCUUAUUCUUCUCUGUUUGAGUCAACUUUCUCCAUAACAAAAAAAGUUAGAUGUCUAGCUUGAUUCACGCUGCAUUCUUCUUUAAAAACUAUAAUAAUAAUAAUGAUAAAAAAAAAAAGUUUUUGAGCUAAAUUUCAUUUCAGGUGAAAUGUAUUUCACCUCUUCUGUACCAAAACUCCAGACCACCGCUUGUUGAAUCCUUGUUUCCCCUUUAAGUGUCCAUGCAGAUGUUUCUGUCGUUAUUUGUGUCCAUCAUUGGAACUGUUUGCACUAAAUAUAUAAUUUUGAUAUUUUUAAUCUAAGAUUGAAAGCUUUUCAGAAGCUUUGUUUUUCUGAAGAUGUUGCAUACUUUUGAUCGGUUUGUAAUAUUUUGUAAUAUUUUGGAAAGAUGUAUUCAUAUAUUGUUAAUCACAGUAGCUUGUUGUUUGCAUCUGUUAAGAAACCACUGAAAUGUAUUAUUCCAGCCCAGAUACAUGUAAGUUCUCACCUAGUGAUAUCAAUUUGUAAAUAUAUUUUGAUUGAAUAUUAUUCAGUUAGUCACAAAAUGUGCCUUAGAAACGCAUGUCAAGAAAAUUGGGUUGUAUUUAAAAAGCAACAAAUCACUGAUCAAUGAUUUGAAACUGUGUUUUGACACAUUUGGACAGGUCAACAUUUCUUUCAAAUUAAAACUUUGAAAUACAGGUAAGAGUUCCUUCACUUGUAACACUGCUCAUUCCUCUUAUGUUUUCAUUUGGGAUAUAUUUUUAAAGAUUUCAUAUCCAUGUGUAAGUGUGUUUCAUUUCAAUAAAGAUUAUUUUGAAUACUGGA